UUGAGUAUAAAACGAGCGGUCAUCAACUGCGCACAUCAUUCGAAGAGCGUCUUUCGUGUGGUGAACUCGUAGAUACGAAAAGGAUUUGUUUUUAAAUAUUGGAUUCAAAUAACGGAGAGUUGAUAAUUUUGUGAAAAUAUAUAGAUACUUCGUAACCUACGCUGCUCACUAUAUACCAAAAGAAAUAUAUAAUAAGUGUUUACAAUGGCUGACACCGUCAGUUUCAAAGUGUAUUUGACAAAGGAAGAAGAUCCAAUUGACGCGAAACCCGAAGUGAGGAGAUUUGGUAUCGACAAGGAUGUCGUUUCUAAUUAUUUGUAUUUGACCGAGAAGCUGCAAGCUGUUUUCGCGUCUCUUAGAUCAAGACGUUUCACAAUUUCCUGGAAAGAUGCCGAUGGUGACAAUGUCAUUAUAUCAAGUGACGAGGAACUCAAGAUUGCCCUGUCUGAAACCAAUUGGAAAGAUGUUCGCCAGUUAUAUGUACUCCUUCAUUCUGAAUACACCAAUGCUUCCAAUGAUGAGAGGGAGUUACCACGGACAUUGCAUGUUGGAAUAACAUGCGAUGGAUGUGACAAAGAUGUUCAAGGGUUCCGGUAUAAGUGCAUACAAUGCCCAGACUAUGAUUUGUGUGCUGACUGCGAAGCAAAGGGUCUUCACCCUGAGCACUGCAUGAUCCGUAGUGCGGUUCCACUCCAGUGGAGGCCUCAUUUUGGACGUCGUCUGGCUCACCACAUGAAUAAGUUUGCCAGAAAGAGUGGGCAUUCUCCAUGUGAGAAGGAAAAGGAAACUUUAGAAUGUCCUUAUAAAAAAGGGAAGUUUGGGCACCCAGGAAGUCAUGGUCAUGGUCAUGCUCGUCAUGGGGGAUCCCACGAUCGUCCUUCAUGGCUGGACAGUUUAGCUACAUAUUUGAACGAUUGGGCUCCAGGCAUUCCAGCAGAUGGAGAUUGCCCAGUGAGAGAUCCAUCAGUGCCAGAACAAACUGGAGAUUCUGAGAGAAAUGAGAGCAGCAACAGCAAAGGAGCACCAGGGCCAAGAGUCGACACCCAUGCAGAGUUUUUCAAAAAUAUUGGAGAAAAUCUCGCCAAUCUCUUGGAUCCAUUAGGGAUUGAUGUACAAUAUAAAUAUGAUGCUGGAAACGUACCUGCUGGAAAGCAAACUGCGAAUGGAGCAAAGUCACAAUCAUCUUGUGCUCCUCCGAGUACUCCUGCACAGAAGUUCCCUGGCGAAGGAAAAAAACUCAAUGAUGGUCCAGCUGCACCAAUAGCCCCCCAAAAUACACCUAUUUCUACAGGUGCACCAUCCAUGGAUAAACCAAGCCUUGAAAACGAAGGCUGGACAUUACUGAAUCAGCAGGAUACAGCAACAUCAGCUGUAGCAGCACCUGGCGGUACAUCUAAUGGAGCUAUUCCUAAGCAGCCAGCAACAAGUUUUGUACCACCAACAUCUACCGCAGCUACAGUUCCGGCUUCAGCACCACCCACGAAUCUGAUCUAUCCGCAACUUCCAAAACAGCCGGAAGUCAUCCCGGUUGGCGAGUCACCUGUGAUUUAUCAUCCAGACCCAAAUAUUCAACGUGCCGUAGUUGCAAUGAUGCAGAUGGGAUUCUCUAAUGAUGGUGGAUGGCUGACUCAACUGUUGGCUUCUAAAAAUGGCGAUAUAAGCAAGACUUUGGAUAUCCUGCAACCUGUUCGUCCAACUACAGACAAGCAAUAACGGAUAUCUAUACAAAAGCUCUAGCUUGUAGUUGACGACAAAAGCUCUUGAAUAUAUUGUUGGACGAUGCGUUCCAAUAUUUUAACGCAUAAAUUUAUUCCAAUACUGCUUACGGCAGAUCAUGACUGCAAGUAUUAUAAUCCAUUUCAAAUAAUAAUCUUGUGUUACUGGUGAUUGUAUGUUUAUGUUUGAUAUUAUACCAACCGGUUGGAUGUGAA